AUGCGUCGUAGCAUCUUUGGUUCAUCUGAUUCAUCAGAUGAACCAUCGCCGAAGCAAAGGCGCUCGAGGUCGCGAGACUCGGGCGCUAACAGUGGUGUCGGUUCUCCUAUGGACACCACUUCGCAACGAGGUGCCAGUACUUCUGUCGGCACGACGCAGGAAGAGCGGGGCCGCAAUGUGUUGCGUCUCGCUCCCGAGAAGAAAGCAUGGCUGCCACCAAAAUCCGUCAUGGAUCACUUGUCGGCGACGACGAGUGAUCGUUAUUGA